AUGUAUCCUGCCGACCUUGUCGCCCGGUUCUUCUCUCCCUCGAACUAUGUCCUUUGGAUCUCUAUCGUACUGCUACUCCUGUACUUGCGACAUGUAAAUCGCGCCCUCGGCGGAACGCCUGACGAAGCCGAGCGUGCUGCCUCCCCACCCUGGACGGCAGAAGAGUUGAAGAAAACCUAUCAAAGAAUGAAGCAAUCGCCCAUCGAUAUCCGCGACCAUCUUCCCCCUAAGCAGUCCCGCCGCUACAUCCUAACACCAAGAGCAGGUCUGGUCGGCGGCUCCAUUGUGCAACAACUCCUGGCGCGUGGCGAGGAUAUCGAUGCGAUCCGAAUCGUUGACCUCAGACAUCCGACCCCAGAUGUUGCGGGAGGCGUGCACCGAUCUGCAGAGCUUAGCCAAGUUAGCUUCCAAACCGCAGACAUCACUGACCCUGACUCUGCCAACCACGCCUUCUCUGUGCCUUGGCCAUCCUCGGUCGCCGAGAGGCCGCUCACUGUCUUCCACACUGCCGCCACCAUCCGCUUCGCUGAACGCGCAAAGGACCUCCUCCCGCUAUCCGAAGAAGUCAACGUCGUCGGCACCAAGAACGUCCUUGCCGCCGCCAAGGCUGCCGGCGCCUCCAUAUUCAUCGCCACCUCUUCGGGCUCUAUUGCUAUCCGACGAGUCAGUUUCUGGCUGGCGCCCUGGCGGCGCUGGCCGCGUCGCUUCUUCCAGACCAUCAGCGACGCCGACUACGACCUGACCCGCCCGCACGAGACCUACUUCGGCAACUACCCAGUCUCCAAGGCUACGGCCGAGCGGCUCGUGCGCGGUGCCGACGACGCCGCGACGGGCGGCCUGCGGACCGGCGUCAUCAGGCCCGCGUCUGGUGUAUAUGGCACAGCGCAGGACAAUACGAUCGGCAGCUACAUACGGCGCGGCGGUGUCGUCGACUGGAUCCGCCAUGUCGUCAACCCCUUCGUCUAUACCGAGAACGUCUCGCUGGCUCACCUGCUGCUCGAGCAACGCUUAGUCGCUCCCGCCCGCGACCCUGCUUCCGGCAAGCGCGUCGACAUCGGCGGCAGCGCCUUCACCGUCACUGAUCCUAACCCGCCCAUCCGCUACGCUGACAUCGCGUUCCUCUUGCAGACGCUGUGCGCGACGCCCGUCAAGUUUGUCGCCGUGCCCGCCGUGCUGAUGCUCGUCAUCUCCCAUGUCGUCGAGUUCUACACGCUGCUCCGCCACCGCUACCUGCGAAGUGUCUUGCCGCCGCUGGCCGGCGACUUGGCGCUGCUGCAGCCUGCACUGUUUGCUAUCUGUAACGUGCAUCUGUUCUACGACGACAGCGAGGCGAGGAAGAGGCCAGAAGAGGGUGGGUUGGGGUAUCGGGCGCCAUGGACGUCCAUGGAGGCUAUGUGUCAGCAGGUGCUCGUCUGGAACGAAGAGUGGAAGGAACAGUUGGGGGAGAAAAGGAAGGGUUUGGGGGUGGGCAAGAAUGGGGGUGGUGUCAUGAAAGAGGUCAAAGACGUGGUCGGCGUUGUGGAAAAGCUGCCGGUAGCGCCCGUGCAGUCAUGA